CUCUCCAAUUGCACAAAGAAGGCAUGGGAUGAAGGUACUGGAUUACUCUAUCUCUAAGAGCCUGUGACUUUAGAGAGAGCAAUAGGAUUAUAUUUUUGGAUAUGUCAGAACUAACAGGUUUUGAAAUAAAGACUUAACAUUCUAGAGUUCAAAGAGAUGUUAACACAGGCAGGCUGGAAUAAUGAUUACUUCAUAAAAGAAGUAGAACUGGAGUGGAGCGAAAAUGAUGCCAUUUGGAAAGGCAUUGAGGAAAGUGUUGAAUAUUUCAUCUGUAUGUUUAAUAAUCAUUGUCCUCAUCCAAAUAAAAACUGAUUGAAAAACUUCACAGCAUAAGCAAUGUAGAGACUGCAAAGGACAUCAAAGAGACACCUUGAAGCAGAGGGUUUGCUUUGAGUAAUAUUGGCAAGAUGACAUGAAUAGAUUGGGAAUACAUGGUUUUGCAAAGGGACAUGAAUGACUUAGAUGAGGAGUUUGAGCCAGUGAAUAAAUGUUUUAUUUUUAUAAUGUUUAUAAAAAUGAUUUAAUAUAUUGACUAAUGACCUUAUAUGAGAGCAUUUUCAAUAGAAUAAUGAGAAAAAUAGGCAGAUUGUGGUGAAUAUACAAGAUUACAAGGACCAUUAGAAUUUUCUGCUCAACAUCCUGUCUAGCACCUCUGAUUUGUGAUACUCAAGCCAUAACUUGUCCUUUUUCCUCUAACUUUUGACUUGAGUCAAUAAAUAUAUGCCAGGUACUGUGUUAGGUGCUAGGAAUAAAAAUACAGAGAAUAAAAUAAUCCCUACACACAAAAUUCUAAUGAAGGAGGCAACAAAUACAUACAAAAUAAGUAGUUAAAUAUAAGAUAAUUUGAGAACGAAAGAAACAUUCGUUAAGCACUGCUUAACUUUUAAGGAAUUAAGGGAUCCGAACAGAAAAGACAAUCCAAACUCAUUCUAAUGGGGAAGAUAAUACCUAUGGAAGGUUUCAUUUGCAAGUCAGAUGGAAAAAAAGUUCCCAUGGUCUUUAAAAUACAGGCAGCAAAACAUGAUAAUUCCUCUUCUUUAAUGUCAUUUCCACUGACAAAGUCAUAUCAGUGUCUUGUUACUGAACCAUUUAGCAGUACCAAAGAUUUUGAUGACAACUUUUUUUUCUAAGUCUUUAGUAGAUGUGGCUGUAACCCUUGUAAGAUCAGUUGCCAAGUUGCAGCUAUAUAGGAGUCAAGAUGUUGGCUAUGAGUACUGGGCUUGAAACAUUGCUAUUCUAGAAACUCUUGGGUUCACCAAACGUUCUGCAUUGUCUCCAUCAGGGUCUCAGUGGGAGGUAGUACAGAUAAUGAUGUUGGUUUGAUUUGCCUGGAACAUGCUGCAUCCUUUCUUUUGGGUAUCUUGCUACUUCACUUAGCUCUAGAAGGAUUUUGUAGAAAUGGAAGUUUGUUGAAUGGCCAGCGCAAAGCAAAGGAGAUAUGAACAAGGUUUGCCAGAACAGAGAGCAGACCAAGUCUAACCAAAUUGAAGAAUUCAGUGUUGUUCAGUGCAGCUACGAAGAUUGAUUGAGUUUAGAUUGUGUAGGUCUUUGAAAAUUAAAUAGAGAAGUUAUAUUGUACUCAUUUAUACAGACACUUGAGCAGUUACUUAGGCCUUAAUCUCACUUCAGCCACCUGGGUUGGAUGGUGAUUUAAAAAAAUAUGAUACAUGGAAUGCUAAGGAAAACUUUUAAAUCAGAGUUAGUUGCUUUAAAAUCAGAUUUGUCAAUUCAUGGAAUAUCACAUAACUCAGCAUUAUUGAAACAAAAUUUAACUGGCUUAAAUACAUAACAACUAUUUUUUGCAUUUGAUUUGGUGAAAUCAAACAGUGAAUGUCUCAAAACCAGAAUAUUUAGUGAUCACUUCUUGAAUGUGAUCUAGUUGUUUUUUUUUUUUUUUAUUAAGUUUUAUUCUCCAAGUACCAGUUUUUUUUUGUUGUUGUUGUUGUUUACUAUCUUUAAUGAAUCAAGGGAACCUUAGUGAUCAUUGUCAGUGUACUCAGAUUAUUUGUUUGAGGAAGUUUAAUUAACUCUUUGUGACCUAUGUACAGACUCUGCUAUUCCCAAACCAGACUUGAUAACCCACAUAGAGCGGGGUGAAGAGCCGUUCAUUAGAGAUUAUGGGACCCUAAUGAACAGAGAAAUUGCAUUAAGAUGUGGUGCUGAUAAACAACAUGACUCGAAGAGUACUUCUUCACAUUUACAAGGGAAUCAGAGAGAUGUGAAUAUUGACAAGGAAGAAUGCCAUUUAUAUGGUCUUCAAAGCCAGGACCCAUCUAGACCUUCAUUAAAUAAAAAGGAAGAAUUUUGCUCUAAACCUGAAGUCAUAUGGAGAAGCCAAUACAUGCAGGACACACUUCCCCAAAAGGAAAAAAUUUGUAGCACUAAACCAUCCAUUCAGAGUGAGGGAGAAGUAUGCCGCAAAAGCCAGGAUUCACCUAAGGUCCAAGAAAUUCCCCCAGAACAGAGAAUCUAUCCCUGUCCUGUUUGUGGAAAAAUUUUCCAGGUGAAUGACCACCUGGUGAGCCACCAGAAGAGCUGCUGUCAAGAUCAGCCAUGCAAAUAUCCAAAAUUCAAGAAGAAAUUCAACAAGUCAUCUGAUCCCCAGCUACCCCAAAAAAUUCACUUAAGAGACAAACGGUUUCAGUGCAGUGAGUGUGAAAAGAGUUAUAGGCGCCAAGUAGACUUACGGAACCAUCAGCUUGUACAUACUGGUGAGAGGCCUUUCCAGUGCCCUGAUUGUGACAAGAGCUUCCGACAGAAGGGACAAUUACUCAAUCACCAAAGUUUGCAUACUGGGGAGAGACCAUUCCAGUGCCCUGAGUGUGACAAGAGCUUUCGACAAAAGGGACAAUUGCUCAAUCACCAGCGUCUGCACACAGGUGAAAGGCCCUUUCAGUGUCCAGAGUGCAAGAAGAGCUUCCGUCUGAAGGCUGUCAUGAAGGCCCACCUAGGAUUACAUAGCAGAGAGAGGCCAUUCUCCUGCAGUGACUGUGGAAAGGGCUUCACCCAGCAAUAUAAACUCACUGAACACAUUAGAGUACAUAGUGGGGAGAAGCCUUACCAGUGUCCUGAGUGUGACAAGAAAUUCCGCCUGAAGGCAGUCAUGAAAGCCCACCAUCGAAGACACAGUGGGACAAGGCCAUUUUCUGACUCUGGUCUUGGCAAGGGCUUUACCAAACCAUCUUUACUCAAUACCCAUAUCAGAAAUCUUAUGGGGGAGAAGCUCUUCAAGUGCCAAGAAUGUGACAAGGGUUUCAGCCAGAAGAGAGAUCUUCUCACCCAUCAGCUUACACACACAGGAGAGAAGCCCUUUCAGUGCCCUGAGUGUGGAAAAAGCUUCCACCUAAAGGCUGUCAUGAAGGCCCAUCAACGCUUACAUAGUAAGGAGAGGCCAUUUACCUGUGCUGAUUGUGGCAAAGGCUUUACCAAGCAGUCUGCACUCACAGUUCAUAUCAGAGUGCACAGUGGGGAGAAACCAUUCAAGUGUUCUGAAUGUGACAAAGCUUUUCGCCUUAAGUCUGUCAUGAAGGCCCACCAGCGCAAACAUAGUGAGGAAAGACCAUUCACUUGCAAUGAGUGUGGAAAGGGCUUCAUUCAAAGGUAUAAACUUACAACUCACAUGAGAAUGCAUACUGGAGAAAAGCCCUUUCAGUGUCCAAAAUGUGACAAGAGUUUUCGUUUAAAAAAAUACCUCCUCAAACACCAGGUUGUACACACUGGUGAGAGACCCUUCCAGUGCCCUGAGUGUGACAAGAGCUUCUGUCGAAAAGCUUACAUGAAAGUCCACCAGCGCCUCCACAGUGGGGAGAGGCCUUUCUCCUGUGCUGAGUGUGGUAAGGGGUUUGUUCAAAAGUAUAAACUCACUGAACAUUUCCGAGUACACACUGGUGAGAAGCCUUUCCAAUGUACUGAGUGUGACAAGAGCUUCCAUCAGAAAGGCCACCUGCUCAACCAUCAGCUUGUACACACAGGAGAGAGACCCUUCCAGUGCACUGAGUGUGAUAAGAGUUUUCGUCUGAAGGCUGAUAUGAAGGUCCACCAACGCAUUCACAAUGGGGAGAGACCAUUCUCUUGUGAGUGUGGCAAGGACUUCACUCAGAAAUCUGCACUUAAUACUCACCUUAAAUUGCACGACAAGUUGAAACCCUGUAGUUACCAAAGUAAGCCGGACAUUGAUUCUAACAGUGCCAGUAAUUCAAUUCAUUAGAGCUUUGUUGCUGUUAAGACAGAAUGAGAAUUAUAAAAAAUGCAUCAGAACUGUAACUGGCUGGGAAAAUGCAACAGUGGUCAGAACAGCCUGGUGAAUGGGAACAAAUAUCAUUGGGAAUCACUAGCAGUUUGGAUCUCAGAACUCAGAAUCAGGACUUGGAAUUUGUUAGCUUAUUCCCCUCAAAUAUAUUCAUAUUACUAUUAGGGUUCUCAUGUAACUUCCAAAAUGUGGCACUAUCUACCUUUUCAGCUUCUCAUUGGAUAGAAUAUAUUCCACUGAAAAACAACCAAUGCAGUUUAUUAGAAAUGAACAAGUACAAAUGUUUUAACUAUACUGACAAACUGAGAUGCAAAGGAUUAAAGAGCAGAAUUAGUCUUCAAGUACAUCAAGAAGUUAGAUAGAUAUCUUUAUGGAAUAUGUAUCUAAAAAGUCCAAGAAAAUUAAAACAUUUGUUUUGAAACAAAUAGUAAAAUAUUGAAGAAUUUGAAGUACUAGAGAUUAGGAAUUAGUUUUGAAAUUAUUUCUUAUUUAAAUAAAUCUCUUCCAUAUUGCAGGAGGAGAGAUCUGGAAAAGUCAGGUCUAUAUUUCCUCAUGUUGACUGCAUUGCUCAAACUAGAGCUUCUGGGGGAAAAAACCCCCCACCAAAAUCAUACCAUCUUGCUGGGAAUGAGACCAAGAGAUAGCAGAUUUUUAAAAACUCUAAAGGCCACAAAAAUAUUCCUUACUAGCAGUUUUAAAUGGCCUAGGAAUUUAUAUCAUUAAAAAGAAUUAGCCAAAGAAGACGAUGGGAGCCGGAGUCAAAGAAAAGACUUCAAAGGGAAUCAUCAAUGAUUUACUGUGAGCAAGCUUUUUUGAUGUAAGGGAUAUAAAACUACCUCUGUGACUUCUUUGUGCAGAUUCCAAACCAGAUUGAUUUCCAAGAUUGAAUGAAGGGAAGGGCUGUACUUCAGUGAUAAAGGAGACUCAAUUAAAAACAAAUAGCUUUGGUACUGAUGAACAUUGUAAUUUGGAGGCCUUUGAGGAGAUGAAAGUUACAUUUCUCAUAAGAAAACUUCAAAAGCGAUGGAUUCUCACAGUAGCAGUGGUUAGUGUUGUCUUCUCAUUUUAUCAGUAACAUGGAGAGGCUCUUUGCAUUUCUAGUGGUUCCAGAUGUGACAAGUUUCUCCUCGUUUCAUGAUAAUCCAGCAACAAUUGCAUUGCCAUGGCUGAAGAGUUCUGUCAACAGUGGAGGAGCACAGGGGAUGAACCAGAGCUACAGUCAUCACCUGGAGAAUAUACCGAGAUGUUGUUCUUUUUUUUUCUCUGAAAGUUCUGUUCAAAGGACUUUGUCUAAGUUCAUUUAUUCAUGUAAGAGAAAUUGGUUGAGGAUAAUAAGUAAUGCUUAUACUACCCAUUUUCUCAUGAGAUUGUUGUGAAGAAAGCCUUUUUUAACAUCUUAAAAGUCUGUAUAAAUAGGAGCUAUGGUAAAUAUGCAAAUACUUGCUCAUUGAUUGAUUGGAAAUAAUUGUUUUACCUUUAGAUUUAAAAAGCCUCUGGAUAAAACUUUAGAGAACUGUGUGCUCUUAGAAAAACAGUGAUUGAUGGGUUCCCUUGUUAACCUGUCCCAAUUGUAUAGACUAACCAUUUUUCAUUUUCAGGCUAUCAAACACAAGAUACAAAGUGCUAUGGUGCCAGGUUUUAAAAAAAAAAAAUCACACAGGUCCUCAAACUCAGUAAAUGGGAAGCAGUCCUAUGAUUACCCUCUUGCUCCUAUUUAAUAUGUUCCCAAUUUCUGUGCCCAAGUCGUGUUUCAGUGGUGAUGUGAUUGGCAAGUUUAUUCAGUUUUAUUGUGUUAAUUGCAGUAAUAAAUAAAGUAUCUUUGAAUUCAGAAA